UUAUUCUCUCCGCGCUAAAACCUCCUUUGCGUCGUUCCUUGGCCCUCUCCCUCUCCCACAUCCAUGGCGUCGCGCCUCCGCUCGAUCUCUCGCCCCGUCGCCUCCUUCCUCUCCCACGCCUCCCGAAACCCUAGCCGCCCCCUCCUCUCCCCCACCGCUCCCCUUGCUCGUGCUCCUCCGCCUCCCUUCACGAGGGUUUCGCCGCGACUGGGUACCCUCCAAUCGUUGCUUCCGCUCCACAGCGUGGUGUCGUCGGCUCGGCUCACGUCGCGCCUCGGGAUCGACUCCGCGGGGAGCUCGAGAUCUCUGUCGCAGGGUACGCUCUGCAGCUCGAAUCCAGGAGUCUGAUCUCCAAUUGUUUUGUUUCUUUUGUUGAAAACAGGUCUUAGCGCGCCUCGAUAAUAGAUUUCUUACCGUGGCUAAUGGAGCUUAGGUCUCUCUUCCCCUACAAUAUGAUCUCCUCUUUUCCCCGUCUUUUGUCAGCUAUUUUUCAUAAGAGUGCAGCUUUAAUUGUAGUCGGGGCAAUCUAGGUAUCUCUGUAACUUCCUAUUUAUUUUCCCUUGAAAAGGAAAAAUAUUUACAUGUUACGAAUUCGGGUAUUGUAGCUGCCAAAAACACUUUUUUGCAACCAAUUUUGUCAAGUUGGAUCGUCCUGUUUUGCCUUGGGUGUUUUUUUGUUUUCUUUUGGUAUUUGCUGCAAUUAUAUGUUAAUGUUGUGAACCUUUUUAUCGGCU